AAUUGGAACUUGGAUUGCUUGAACUUGAUUGAUAAUCAAAUGAGAGCUAAAAAUGGGUUUUGUUGAUUUUAAUAUUGAACCUACAAAAAUCAAGGUAAAUCAACAUUUGUUUUGUAUCACAGUUACAUAUUGAGGUUCAAAUCGCGCAUUUAAUCAUUUACCAAGUCAACGGAUUGCUAUUUAAUAAAUGACAAUCGAGUGGAUGAGACAGUUCUUGCUUGAUUGUCUAACCAAAUACCUGAUCAAAAGAAACAAUGUUUUCAAUAGAAAUCCUAUUUCCAGUUUUCCUUUUUAGUUCCACAAUUAACUUGGCUUUUGGUCAAUCAAUCAAAUAUGAGACUUGCGGCAAUAAAUCCAAUGAUCCAUUGUCCGUUAACAUAACUGGCUGCCAGGAUUCAACGCUUUGUACAAUCAAUCGGAGUAAACCCGUCCAUUUCAGUUUAAAUUACGUUUCUCCGAUCGACUCUCCAGAAUUGAGAUUGAACAUUUGGGCCCAUUUUUUCAGGUUCUGGAUUCCAAUCAAAAAUGAACCCUUCCGAGUCUGUGGACAAUAUGGAGUGGAAUGUCCAAUCGUCAAAGGAAGAGAGUACCUUUAUAACAUGACUGUCAAUGCUCCUUGGUUUCCACAAGUACGAACCAAGAUCCGAUUUAUGUUAUCGUCGCCUGAAAAGAACCCAAUCGUUUGUGCAAUCAUCAAAAUUCGUAUUGUUUAAGCUUCAAAUCAAUUGGAAAUAUCGCCAUCUUAACUAGUCACUGAAAAUUGAACGAAACCUGUUGGAUUCAAUGGUUCAUCCAGCAACCAGUGUUUAUCAUUUUACUGUACUUGAUGAUCAGCUUUGAUCAUUGCCAAAUUAAAUAUCAAAUUAUGAGUCAAAUUAAAAGCUAAAUUGUGAACUCAACUGAAAAUU